CAGCAUCCUCUCAUUUGAAUUGUAACAUGAGCGACAGUAUAAAUCCCUUGCAUAUUCCUGAGAUCAUUCUCCUCACAGGUGCCUUCCUCGAUGUAGAAGGCCUUCUAAACUGUAUUCAAGUCUCCAAGGCUUUCUACAACAUACUUAUUGGGCUUCUUUGGAGAAGAAUCGUUAUCGGACCUUCACCAGCCGAAUAUCCUUCUAGAGAAGUACUGCAGAAAUACAAGGGGCACAUUGAGGAGAUUGUGUUUAUAAACAACUUCCCUAAAGAGUAUACGGAACUGCAAGGAUGUACUCGUCUCCAGUCCAUCUAUUACAGGUCAAGGCUUCGUAUGGCGAUUGGAUCAGAUUGCCUAUUAAAACUUUCCAAUCUCAUCAAGGCACACCAUCCCACUAUCACCAGUAUUUAUUUCCACGCAUUUCAAAGUUCACAUGGGCUCUGGAAGGCACUACUGGAAUGCACCAACCUCAAUAUAUUGAAGGCUUGUAAUACGAGUAUAAAGGAUGGGGUCGAUCUAUUUCUUCAAGUCUGCAAGAAACUGAGACAUUUGACCUUGGAAGAUGUAGCCAUACAUCAGCUGCCUGCCAACUUUCUAAGUAAUGAGGCCAACGAAUAUUCCCUCCCAAAUAUGCACACACUGUGUAUUGAGAGGGUCAAGAUAGCCGGCCCUCCCAAACCGUACACCAGCUGGUAUUGCCUUGGGACGUUGGUUAAGAGAUGUCCAGUAUUGUGUGAACUGAUUGUUGACGACAGCUACGAGCAAUAUCAUCAAGCGGACUUCUACAGAGCAAUACUCCUUCAGCAUCCCUGGGCUCUAAAUAGUUUAUCAGCGCUGAGUUUGCAUAAUAUGACAAUAGAGGACAAGGAUAUGGCAGCACUUCUUGGUCGUAUGACUGGAUUACGACAGCUAUCCUCCCUAAAAUGCGAAUUCGGCCAGUUCUCUUUACAGGAGCUACUAGCAGACAAGCAAGAGAUACUGGAUGAUGGGGAAAUAGUACAAAAGGCAAGGCUUCAGAGACUCUGUGAGACACUUGAAAUAUUGGUGCUCUAUACAUACAAUGCCGGCAUUGGUCAAGCUGUGUUGUCAAGUUGCCCACGGCUGAAAGAACUAGAGGGACCUAAAAUUACAGUGACAGAGAUUGUCAAUGGAGCAGAAUGGGUAUGCACAGGACUGACUGAUUUGACUAUCAUUCUUGAGGCAGACGUUGAUCAAGAGACUAAAGAAGGCAUGGCAAAGACGCGCCUUGCGUUUAGACAACUAGGCAGGUUAACUAAGCUACGAUCGCUUGCCCUACUAGAUAGCUAUUCGUGGAAUGAAGCUAGAUCGGUGCUGAACUUGAGGCUAAAGACAGGUCUAGAUGAACUAGCCAAUCUGAAGAGUCUACGCUCACUAAGGUUAGAAGACGAUAAAUACUGGCAAAUACAACUUGAGGAAGCGACAUGGAUGGUGAACAAUUGGCCAAGUAUCAAAUUCGUGGGUAGCGAUCUGAGCGAUGAGGAAGCUGAACCUAAUUUGGCGAUGGAGUUCCUAAAGUCGCACAACAUAUCCAAUAUCUGGGAGGACAUGGAUUAAAGAAGAAGGGGAAAGCAUUGUCAUACCAUAACCUGAUAUAGAGGAUACAGAUCUUGGGCAUGGGACUUUUAGUGCAUGCCUACUUCAUGAUCGUCAAAUGAUUUAAAUGAUGUUGGUUAUAAGAGUCACUAUAGUAAUAAAAACAAAUACAAAGCAUUGCACAUUGCCGAAAGUGGAG